CGAUAGAAAGGAUUUUAAAAGAAGGUGUUUCUGGUUUAUUGGAAUAUAAGGCAAAAGAUUGGUCUGUUGGUAUGAUAGGAGAAGGAAACGAUGACAAGAUUAACAAAAAUAAAUUAUCACAUAAACAGUUAAUUAAUUGGUUUGAGAAAAGUUCAUUAGCAGAAGAGAUCUUAUAUUUAAAAAUAGGAGCAGAAGUAUUGCAUAUUUGGAAUAAUAAGGAAGAUAGAAGAAUAGUAAAUGGUUUAAGAGGUAGAGUAGUUGCGUUCAAAGAUGUGACAAAUAAAAAUGUUUAUAGAAAAAAUCUUCCUGAUGGAAUUUAUUCAGAUUUCUUAAGACCCAUAGUAAAGUUUGUAGAUAUUGAAGAGGAGAUGGAAAUUAAGAAAGAAACAUUUCAAAAAAGAAAUGCGGAUGGAGUAUUGAUGGUGACGUGUACUCAAUUUCCAUUAAAGUUAGGUUAUGCGAUGACUAUACAUAAAUCUCAAG